UGCAAAUCAAAACAUUGGCAGAAGUGAAAUCAACAGAUAUUUUAAGCAAGUUCUGAUAGUAAAUGUAAAAGCUUGUUAUUAAAAUGGCCACUUCUGAUCCACAACUUAAUGUUGAUCAUUUUAUUUUGUUUGCUGAGGAACUUUUGGGAAGAUGUAAAAAUUUAAAGAAUGUAGAAGGAUCACCAAAAUUAGAAAGAAAAAUCAACUCUGAAAUAAAGUUCUUGAAAACUUUAAAAAAGAAUGGGAAACAGAACUCCAACAGUCAUUUAAAGAGUAGCAAUUUAAGUCAUUAUGCUGGAGUGGUUCAUGCAGCUGAGUUCCUGCCAGGAGUUAUUCAAGUGCUUCAAUCAUUCUCGUCCCCAGGGAAACAAGACAGUCUCACUGUUGAUGUGGUAGCAGGAGAAGGCCACAUGUGGGUCAAGGUCAUUGCAAGAAAAGCCCAGGCACUCCAUUUAGUAUGGGCUGGUAAGGGCCAGUUUGGUGAAAGGGAUUUAAUACAGCAAGUAGAUGAAUACAUGGAUUGCGUUCAAGUCCAUCCCUUUAACUUUUUAACACCAGAAAUUCAUUUUGCCUUCUAUAAUAAUGUGACUUGUCCAAUGGCUGAAGCCUUGGAAACUAGAAACAUCAAGGUGUGGGGUCACAGAGUAAUGGUUGAGGAAGAUGUUGAGAGAAAGCUUCAAUCUGUUUUAGUUGUUGAUUCGUCAGAUGAAUCAGAUUUUUCUGAUUCAGACCAUGAGGAAAAAAUUUUGAAACAGAAUCCAUGUUUUAUUUCAAAUAAAAGUUCAGGACAAAUAAAUAAUACUGACAAUAAAGCUGAAGAGAAGCCAUAUUGUGAAAAACUGACUUCAAUAGACGACUUGAAUUCACUUAUUUCAAAUUUGAAUGUAAGAAACCUUCAUAAUUCUUCCCUUAAAUUCUCGCCAAAUUUUGUACAGGUUAUGAAAGAAUUGUUAGGUGUUUUACCUGAUUUUAAUCUGUGUGAUUUUAGUUACGAAAAAAUGGCUGAACAUUUAGAUAGUAUUAAAAAGGUGAAUCUUGAUAUUACCAGUUUAAUAGCAUUAGUGUCUGGUGUCACUCACGGUGGAUCAAAGUUUGUUUUUAAAGAGAAAAUAUUGUCUCAACAAGCAGCCGAAGAACGUGAUACUCCAUGUUUGGAAAUUAUUAGACAGUUUCUAGAAGGCAAAGAACUAAUAGCAUGUAAAUCAGCUGUAGAAGAUUUCAACACAAUAUUGGAUACAUUAGGUGGUGAGGGUGAAAAGGAAAGAUCUAAGAAAUUACUAGAAGACAUAACUAUUGUAGAAGAUCAACCUUCAGAUAGAGCUUUACAAUUAGAGAUGUUUGGUAAAGUUAAAGGCAGAUCAAGGAUAAUAUUUGGUACUGGUGAUACGAUGAAAGCUAUUACUGUAACAGCUAAUUCAGGAUUUGUUCGAGCAGCACGAAAUCAGGGUAUAGCUUUUGCUGUUUAUAUUCAUCCUGCUCGAGCUUUAACAGAACAGAAAGAAAAGACAGCUAUCCUCAUGGAAACUACAUAUGAACUUAGUUGAUAUAUAUAUCCAUACAAUAGUUUCUUACAAUGUCUUUCAUAAAAGAAAAUUUGAUUUACAGUAUAGUCGCAUUGCCUCACAUUCUCCAUAUGAUCGGCUGAUUGAUCUGUCAAGCAUCAAUAGAACUUGGCUACCUUCUGUUGAACCAUUGACAUAUACACAACUUAUAUGUUAAUAAACUACCCAAACUUUUAGGCAUUAGUAUUAGGUGUAUGUAGAAAAUCAAAACCAUACAAAUGGAUAAAGAUCCGUUUAUCAUGCACAGGGGGAGUAGAAGUGAGGUUUAAUGUACACUCGACACAAACUAGGUUAUUUCAGGACUAACAUAUGGUUUGAUUUUAUUUCAAUAAUUCAUUCGUGCAUAGGGGUCUUUAGCGGUGGGAGGAAACCGGAGGACCCAGAGAAAACCAAUGUGAUUGGACAAGCGACCCUUCUGAUUCAACACGUUAACCAUUCGGCCACCCAACCCCCCUAUCAUGUGCAGAACAUUGAGGUUAAACUGUAACAAAUUAAUUUACCAUAUUAUUUUAUCACUAUUGUAACAAAUAUUUUUGAAAAUAUUGAUUUGGAUUUACUACAUUCAUUCUGUUACUUUUAAUGUCUUCAGGAAAAUCUUUGUGUAGUUUCCCAUCUGCCUAUAAACAUUGUAUAUUUUUUAAUUUUUCUUACCUAUUUGUAUAUAUAUGUAUGUGGAAUAGGUGGUGGAUAAUCAAAAAUGAAGUGAAUACAAAAUAUUUCUGAUGUGUCUGAGCGACAACCCUUUUUCAAGGAAAUAAAUAUGAAUUAAGGUUUUACAUAUAUAUUGCCAAGCAAUUGAGGCUAAAGUUAUUUUUGGAUCUUUUAAAAUUGUAUGCAUUAUAAUAUAAUGCAUAUUGGUAAUUUGUCUAUUGGUAAUUUCACUGAUUUUCCAAUAAUUACUGUCAUUAACCAUAUAUAUUUUGUAAAUUCCUGUUAUCACUAAAGUUAUCGUUUCAUUUAGCGUUUAGACGAAAUCUAAUGAUUUCUGAUAAUUACUUCAGGGUUAUUGCCCUGGAUUAGUAUUUAAUCUCAGAUAAAAAGUCUAGAAAGAAUCGCAAUAUUACAACCAUUAUUGACUCCUUGUACAUAGCUCCUACGUACCGACAUAUGAUUUAUUUCCUGGCAACCUAUCCUUUAGUAUAAUAGACAGGUAUUCAUGUUCAGAAAUCUUUAAAGCAAGGAAGGUUUAGACCUUUGGGGCUUCUUGAUACAUUUACAUGUAUUUACCAUUAGUGCUUUAUCUAAAGGGGGGUUUGAUGGCCCAAUGGUUAGAGAGUGCACAUUGUAUCAUAAUGUCUAUCAUUGAGUCAACUGGUUUUGAUUCCCCCGGUUGUACGUGACAAGGCUAUCCAACCUUGUGGGUUUUCUCCUGGUCCUCCGUUUUCCUCCCACUGCUAAAGACCCAUAUGCAGAAGAAAAUUAUUGAAAUAAAAUUGAAUCAUAUGUUAGUCCCAAAAUUUCCUAGUUUGUGUCAAGUGGACGUUAAACCCCAUUUCUCUCUCUCUCACUUUAUCAAAACUGAAAUCAUAUUCACUAUGUGUCCCUAGUUCUAAUACCACUCUUUUGAUAUUGUCGCAUUGACCCUUUAUGGUUAUGGAGUAAAAAAAAAAUGGACGGAAUUUAUGGUUAUAGAUGAUGGCAUUAUCCUCCUAAUGUAUAUCUAAAAAUUACACCGCUGUAAUCCCUAACAUAUCAGUUUUAAGUGGAAUAUAAAUUUAUUACACAAAUGUUAAUUAGUAGGUAGUAGUAAUGAUUAAAUCACACUUAUUUAUUAAGAAGAUGUAAAUAAUUUUUCAGCAUUUAAUGCUACCCCACAGAUAGUAAUUAUUAUAUUAGAUUCAAGAUACAUCCAUUUAUCUUCUUGUGAUUUUAAUAAUUGCUCAGCUUGAUAUUACCAUUGGAAUUAACAGUUCAAAAAUUAGUAAAAACCAGACAGUGCUUCUAGGCUAUAGAGGGAGGUUGGAGGUCUAAUGGUUAAACACGUGUGCAUUAGAUUAUAAUUAUAAGGUCUGUCAUAUUAUUAAACUACAUUUUUUUUUAAAAUAAAUAACGUUUGUAAAAGUUUGUUUAAUUUAAAGUAAUGACCCCUUAAAGGGCCAGUCUCAAUUAUAUUUUCGAGAAUAAACUCUUAAUUUUGUGUGAAAAGCCCUUAAAAACCUCUACCUUAGGGUCGGGCAACAAACUUAAUAUAUUUGAUAUGUUUUCAAACACCUAAAACCUGUCAGUCUUCAUCUGGAAAUUGAGACCAGUGUCCCAAGCUGGUUAGAACCAGACUUUUAUUUUAUAAAAAUAACAUGUAGGUGAAAUUUACUGUUUGCUAUGUACAGCACAUGCAUCACGCACUGUUUUGACCUCUAAAGGAUCAGUAAUAGAUUAUCGGGUCACCGAACAAAAAAAUUGACCCGAAAUCUUAAAAGAGUUACGUGUUGGGAUAAGCGGGUUUGAUGUUCAUGUCCAAACGACUCAAUAUCUUUGGCUGAAAUUUUCAAACAAGGUAAAUACACCAGUCCUCAAUAUUUUGGCGCUUAAAUUUCAUACGUAAACCGAAUUUUAUUUUUGAGAAUGUUAAUUGGUAUGGUCCCUUUAAAGAGGCAUUACACAAGAGCUAAACUUGCCUUUUUCAGGGCAUUUUAUAUGGCUUCAAAUGUUAAAUAAAUUAUUAUUUAGACACUGAUUCACAUGACAUGCCCAUAAUCAACUAGAACAUUCGAUGGCUUUGAUAUUGAGUGGAUUAGACAAUGUCUGCCAUAUUUGCCGAGGAAAAUGCCAAUCAAAAGACUGACAAUCAAAAGACUGACAAUCUAAACUGUUUAUUAUCAUGGCAAUGGUAUGCAACACUCAAGAAUAUGAACUGUGGGUAUGUCUAUAGCAGUGUUGCUAUUUCAAAAUUUUUCUUGUCGCACAUUUUUACGUGUCAACAAAAUAUUCAAAUUCGUUAUUUUUCAUAUUUAAUUCCCGUAUGGUAUUCAAAUUUAUGUCAGUAAUAUUCCAGGACCUACAAAAUUACGUGUAGUCGUAAUACGAUAGAAUGAAAGCAUGCCGCUAGUGAUAUUCCUCUAAAAUUACCGUAUUUUUAGGGGUAUAAAAUCGAUCCUUUUUCCAUCAGUCUAAAGCAAUUAGCUACUUACACUAUUCCAGUCGAAAUUUGUGUCGACAUUUCUUAGCUUGUUUAUUUCUUUAGUUAAAAACAAAUCAAAAUAGAAUAUUUCUCCGACAUUACAAUUGUAAUGUUUCCAUCUCGUAAUUUCAUGCGUUUUUGUAUUAUAACCACGUGUCUUUAGAAACAUUGUUGAGUAUUUAUGCGUGUGUGCGUAAAAUACCUUUAUUUAAAGUCUGCUUCCACCGAAGUGAUAUCGCAGACAAUUUAUCGGAUAUAUCGAAUUGAGUGCUAUAAACUAUUACAUGUGACAUAAAUGACUAGUUCCAACAUGUUGUCAGGAGACUUCAAAACUUCAAACACUAUAUAAUAAAUUGACUGAAAUUUUCAAUAUAUUCAUUUUUAUACGUCCAGAUUUUCUUGUGGACGUAUGUUGUCGUCGCCCCUGUUCGUCUGGACAACCAUCCGUCCACAAUCUGUAUGUGGACACUCUACACGUCACAAUUUUUAUCUGAUUUCGAGAAAACUUGAAAUAUAGGGUUUAUUUCCAAAAGAUCUUGGUUCCUUUCAAUAUUGGCAUGUAUCGAACUGUAACAUCAUGGACUAUGGCCCCAGAUUUACCAAUAAUCACAUUUUUAGCUUGUGGACACACUAGAAUUCACAAUUUUUAUCCGAUUUUGCUGAAACCUGAAAUUUAUGUUUCCAACCCAAAGAUCUCGGUUCCUUUCGAUAUUUGCUCAUAUCAGACCGUAACUUCCUGGAUUAUGAACCCUAAUUUAAAAAAUUUGAAUAUGUAUUACCAUACCAUAAUGAUGGGUGAGUUCAAAAUUUGUGGGAGAUUCGAUAACGAGUUGGCAGUUCUCACUAUAAUAGUUAAAAACUAGAUAAUGUAAAGGCAAUUUGCUGAAAAUUUCAUUCAAAUUGAUCCCUUAUGAACCAAGAACUAAACGAUUGAAAUUUCCGCCUAGCCUCGAUCAUCAUUGCUAAAGUCAGCACGAUAAACAGCAUAGUCUCGAUUAUCCAUUUAAUCGUUAAAUCAUGAAGGAAAGUUAUGCAGUAAAUCGGCUCAUAAUCCACUAAAGAUCUCAGGCUAGCUAUGCCAUCCAGAGUUGAUUAUGAUCUGGAUAGGUUAAUUAUUAAUGUCUAAUUAAUAAUUUAGAUAACAUUUCAGGCCUAAAGAAAGACCUGCCAGGGCCGGCGGAAGCAAUUCUUGAUUGGGGGGGGGGGGCUUCCAUCCUAGGUCCUUAUAGGCAUGGGUCCAGGGGCCACAAUAACCUGGAGAAAAGAGUACUUGCGGACAAAUUAUUAGGGGGGCUAAAGCCCCCCCCCCCUCCGCUGGGCCUGCCGGCAGUACUUGCACAUAUCGGACCCCAACUUUUUAGAUUAUAACCCCUUAUUGUUUUCGUAAGCGUUUUUAUUAUUAUUUUUUUUGUGUGUGGAAUUUAGUCAGAGUUUGCAGCCAAAACUGUACAUGGUGCCAACAUUUUAACAAACGGGAAGUGUUUUACGUAUGGACAAAAAAUAAUCUCAAAUUGCCCAUAUCUCGGUUAUUUCUCAACUAAUCUUCGUCGGAUUUUCAUUUUUAUACGCCCACAUUGAAAUGUGGUUAAAAACAAAGUCAUGGGUAUCACAAAACCAUCUUUUA